GGCAAUAUUGUAAAUAUUCUUAAACUUCUUAUUCAACCCUAGCCGCUCCAUCUCUCUUCAUUUUUCAGGAGUUCUUCUCUUUUCCAUCUCAGAGCUCAAGUGCUUCUCCUACUUCAUGCUGCUCGUGAAUUAGUUCACGCUAAAGGGUUCGGGGACAUUGCCAUCAGACCCUCAAUCCCUCUCGUGCCGUCCACGAAGGUGAAGCUCCAGCUCCCUUAGACCCCUGUUCCUUUUGCCACCUUCCGUCAUCAUCGUCGUCAAGUGCCUCUUCCUGCUCCAGACUCUCAGUCGUUGUGAGCUGUCUUUAAUAUCGUAUUGUCAGGAUCGGCCAGUUGAAUCAGUGGGUUGAGCUGCCUUCGCCCAUCGAUCGAAGAGAGGUACAUCUGCGGUUAUAUUUUUGUUUUACUUGAUUUCUCUCCCUUGUGCCAGAGGAGACCUUCACGAUUAGAGGAGACCUUUACGAUUUAAGACGAAGAAGACUGCCUUUAACUGUUCUCUUGCUGGAGUCCUUCCCUUAUCAACAAACCGUAUUAGACACAAGAACCCUGAAACAAAUAUCAAUGAUGGGCAAGGCUAAUGUAAGAACAGGAUCAAAAUCUGAGCGCAAAUUUGAAAAGAAGCUGGAAUUUUAUAGCAAGGUUAGAUCUGCUGUUUCUUCGUUGAGUGCUCAAAAGUCAAUUACGAAGAAGAAUAGAAAUCAACGAAGACGUGAGAAGAAAUUGAAGGCAUAUGACCUAUCUGCACUCUGCGAUUCCCUUCCUGAGUUGAAGGCACGGGGACAGCCAGCUUAUAAGGGUAACUUGAAACUAAAUUGCAAAUCUAGACAAAAGAUAUUAGUGAAGGAACAAGCACGGUUUUUGCAAAAUCUUAAUGAUCCUUCGUUCCAAACGGAUCCCCUAUCUGCUAUUCAUCAACAUUUGUUGAGUACUCAACCAGUAGUAGAGGAGCAACCCAAGAAAAAAGAGAACAAAAAUGGAUCCAUGAAGAGGAAAGAGAAGAAAUUGAAGGCUUUAGUUAGAUCACAGAAUAUGGAAAUGUCAUUUUAACACUGUAUUAUGAAGGUACCGUAGUGAUUUACUUUUUGAAUGAAAAUCAAAAUACUCUAUCAAUUUCAGUUUUUUUCUUUUUAUCCUUGUGUUUAUGCAACUAACCCAGGGUGUAAUAACCUGUCUAUUGGAUGCAACUAAUUCAUGGUUGUACUAAUAAUAGAUGGUAAUAUCUUGUUUAUGGACAUUAUCUGAAAGUAAUGCAAGGAACAUUUUAAAUGAA